AUGGCAGAGGCAUCAUCUUCAUCUUUCGAUGAAUGGAUUCGAUCAUUACUUAAUGAAUUACAAUCGAACGAUGUUGAUAUGAGUGAUUUUGUUCAAUAUUUGAUGGGUAUUGUUACAAGUGAUAGUGAAACGGACGAAGAAAAACAAGUAGCUAUUGCAGAACUACUCGCUGAUCUGGAUUUGAAACAUGAUCAUAAUAUUGAUAAUCUCAGUGAACAAAUCCUUAAUCGUUGGUAUCAAAUACAACACAAUAAGGAUCAUAAUUCAAACUCUGACAAAAGUCAAACAGAUGAUGAUGUCAUGAAUGAUGCAUUGAUUAAUGCCAUGAAUCAAAUGGAAUCAACAAUGAAACAAAAACAAAAUAAUGAUCAUAAUGCAAAUAAAGCUAAUGAUGAUCUUGCAUCAAAAAAACAUAAAUCUCAAGUAUUAGCAAAAUAUUCUGAAGUGUCUGAUGAAGAAAGUGACAAUGAAGAUGAACAUGAAACCAAUGCUAACAAUUUAUUUCAAAAUACAAAUACACAAAUCAUUGAAGAUCGAGAAAAAAAAUCACGAGAACUGCAACAUGAGGCACAUAAAAAACAACAAGAAAAAAAUAAAAUUGAUUCUAAUAAUCAAAAACAAAAGGAUGAAGAACGAAAGAAAAAAGCACAACAACGAGCUCAAAAGCAAGAGAGACGCCGUUAA